AUGCUAAGGAUCUGAAAUACGCUCCUCUGCAACGUUUCGUUGUUCUCGGCGGUGGCCAAGAACGUCCGGUGACCCUUCCCGCACAGAUUGGUCCAGUCCGUGGAGCAAACGAGAUCUGCAACCUGCCCGUCGAUGGUGGAUGGUGCAGAGCAUUCGUACCCCGGUUCUACUUUGAUGCCAAGGAUGGAGCCUGCAAAUCCUUCGUAUACGGCGGAUGCCGCGGAAAUGAAAAUAAUUUCGAAACCGAAGGUGAAUGUCUGGAGACAUGUGCUUAG